AUGUUGGUCUUCAAAUUUUUUUUUUACCUAAACAUCAUAUACACAUGCUUGAGUUGUAAAUUGGGGUAUUACCCUACCAAUUAUGGUUGUGCUCUUUGUAACGCUGGAUAUUAUUGCCCAGAUGGACUAAAUAAAUAUGCUUGCCAAAAGGGUUAUUAUUCAAAAAGUGGUGCUCUUAUCUGUAUUAUUUGCCCAGAUGGACAAUACGCACAAGAAUUGGCUUCUUCCACUUGUGAUAAUUGUGGACCGGGGACUUAUUCAAAUGGAGACAAUAAAAAAAGUUGCACCAAAUGCUCUGCUGGAACUUAUUCGGUUUUGGGUUCAUCAACAUGUAGUAAUUGUAGUGCUGGCUCUUAUUCUUCCUCAUCUGGAUCUUCGAGUUGUACACGGUGUGAAGAUGGUUAUUUUUCAUUAAGUGGGUUUUCUUCAUGUUUAAAAUGUACCAUGUGUACUUCGUGUAUUUCAACAACUGGGAAGUGUCUCUCUUGUUCGAGUGGUUGUGGCUUUGUAUCUGAUGGUAUUUGCGAACAAUGUAAAGCCGGUUAUUUCUCUGAAGGUGGUACAAUUUCAUGUACAAAAUGUUUGGUUAAUUCCUUUUCUUUAAUUGGAAGUAAUUCUUGUACCCCAUGUAGUUCAAUGUGCAAAACAUGUGAUUCCACAAAUGGAAACUGUCUGAGUUGUUAUGAAAACAUGUUUCUUUCAAAUGGUAUUUGUGAGAGUUGUCCGGUUGGUCAAUAUCUAAGUCCAAAUGGGUGUUUAAGUUGCCCAGAUCAAACGUAUUCUUUUGCAAAUAGUUCGAUGUGUAUGAAUUGUUCUUCAUGUGUUAAGUGUGACCAAACUAAUGGGUAUUGCACCUUAUGUAAGAAUGGGCAGUUUGUUAACGAUUAUAGUUGUGAUGAUUGUGUAAUUGGGAUGUAUGGGGAUGGCUUUCAAUGUAUUCCCUGUCAAAUAGGAACAUAUUCAAAUAUACCAGGAAGUGAAAAAUGUACUCAAUGUAGUGAUGGUUAUUAUUCAAACACACCAUCUUCAAUUUCAUGUACAAAAUGCAACAGUUAUUGCACUUCAUGUGAAAAAGAAAGCGGAUUCUGCUCGUCUUGUUUGUCUGGUUGUAUUUUAUCAGAAAACCGCUGCAUUCAAUGUAAAGCUGGAACAGCAGCAAAUCAAGAAACAAACACAUGCGAUGUCUGCCCAGCAGGAACGUAUUCAAUAAGUCAAUCAACGUACUGUACACCUUGUGAAGAUGGUUUUUAUUCCACAAAAGGAUCAUCAAAAUGUUUGUCAUGCAGUUUAACAUGUUUAACAUGUAACAAGACGAAUGGGAAUUGCAUAACUUGCAUUUCUGGGUAUGGAUUGGAUGAGUCGUUUAAUUGUAACAUUUGUCCAGUUGGAACUUAUGCAAAUUCAGCAAACAAAAAAUGCCAACAAUGUGACAACAAAACGUAUCAGUCAAAUGAAGGACAAACAUAUUGCAAUUCAUGUGAUAUCAAGUGUGAAACGUGUGAUAAUAUCAGUGGCAAUUGCCUGACGUGUUAUGCUGGAUAUGAAUUUACGGGCAAUGCAAACUGUGAAAUUUGUGUUGAUGGGUAUUAUUCAAGUGGUGGUACAUCAUCGUGUUUGCCAUGUCCAAGUGAGUGUAUAAAUUGUUAUAGAGAAAGUGGUGUGUGCACAAUGUGUCAGUCUGGCUUUAAACAAGUUACAAACCAAAACACUGGAAAUGAAGAGUGUGUAUCAUGUUCAUUAAACGAUAAUUGUGCCUCAUGUGGUGCAAAUGAAUUCGAAUCUGAGAAAAAGUGUGUAGAGUGUUUGAGUGGGUAUUACCUAAAAAAUGACAACUGCUACAAUUGUCCAUUAAUAACAAACUGUGUGCAGUGCUCACCAAAAAGUAAUGACUGUUUGACAUGUUCUGGUGAAUAUAUUACUGUUGGUGAAAAUUGUAUAUUAUGCGAAAAAGGCAAAGUGAAAGUCACUUCAAACGGGUGUAUGAGUUGUUAUGAAAUAAUUCCAAAUUGCCAACUGUGUAAAUACAACAACGGGAAUAAAUUGUGUUCAAAAUGUUAUGCGCCUUAUAUCCUUGAUAAUAAUACAUCUUUGUGCGUUCUCGGAUAUUCAAACACAACACAUUUUAAUUCAGAAACAUUAAAAAGUGAUUUAAAUGAUGCUGGCUGUCUGCAUCAAGUGAAUUCUUUUUGUAUUAUGUGUGAUGAAAACCACAUUUUAGUUGAUGGAGUGUGCGUUGAAAAAAGAGAUGAAAAGUGCUUUGAUUAUUCAAUGA